CCGAAAUAGUAUGGUCGUGGUAUAAAAGCUGAAGCCUUCGCUAGACUCAACAUCAGUUACCUUUUUGCUUGUUUCUCAGAUACAUUCCACUCCGAUUAAAUAUGAAAUUGUUGGGAGUUGUCUGUCUGUUUGCCUUGGUGCUUCUUGCAUCUGCCGAAGAUGAAAAGAAACCAGUGGCGGAGGCUAAGGUAGAUAAUGAUGCUAACACCGCCGAAACGAACCUCGAUGAGAAGAAACAGGACAAACGUGGACUGCACGACUGGACCAGCAGCUACGGAGGCUUCGAGGACAAGCACGAUGUGCCGCACUUCGAAACCCACGAAGAGAAAACCCUGACUGUGGUCAAGAAAGUCCCGGUCCCAUACCCGGUAGAGAAGCACAUCCCAUACCCAGUGGAGAAGAACAUCCCCGUUCCAGUUAAGGUUGGUGUGCCAAAACCAUACCCAGUCUACAAGACUGUCCACUACCCAGUCAAGGAAAUCGUGAAAGUGCCGUACCAUGUGCCAGCUCCUUAUCCAGUUGAAAAGAAGGUCCCGGUCCCAGUCCAUGUGCCAGUGGAACGUCCAGUCCCAGUGAAGGUGUAUGUGCCAGCUCCUUAUCCAGUGGAAAAGAAGGUCCCAGUCCCAGUCAAGGUCCCUGUCCCAGCUCCAUACCCAGUUGAGAAGAAGGUCCUUGUCCCGGUCAAGGUUCCAGUCCAUGUUGAGAAGCCAUACCCAGUCGAGAAGAUUGUCCACUACCCAGUCCAUGUCCCGGUUGACCGUCCAGUCCCAGUCCAUGUUGACAAACCAGUCCCAGUCCCAGUGGAAAAGCCUGUCCCAUACCCAGUGAUCAAGAAGAUCCCAGUUCCAGUCCAUGUCCCAUAUGACCGUCCAGUCCCAGUCCAUGUUGACAAGCCAGUCCCAGUGGAAGUCAAGGUCCAUGUGCCCCAGCCCUACCCAGUUGAGAAGCACAUCCCAGUCCCGGUGUACAAGAACGUCCCAUACCCAGUCAAGGUCCCAGUUGAGCGCCCAGUCCCCGUUGAGAUUGAGAAGCACACCCCGGUCCUGAUUGAGAAGCCCAUCCCAGUCCCAGUUCAGGUCCCAGUCCAUGUCCCAGUGCACCACCACGAGGAACACCAUCACGACGAUGGACACGAGGAAUCUCAUCACUACGAAUCGGAAAUCCACCAUGAGCAUCACUAAGUCAAGAAGAGCCCCCAUCAUUUCAUUAUUUAUAUCGCAAACGAUUGUGAUUUUAGUUUCUAAAUAACUAACAACCCUUACCUACUAACGAAGAAGAAACUCGAUACUCUACCACCUAAACAGAGAACAUAAAACUGAUCAAAACAACAGCAAAACAAUAGUUCCCGAAACGAAAAAAAUAUUCAAAAUACGAAAAGGUCAAUCUCGCGAGGCGAAUCCUUAAUCCUGAGCGUUUUGGAACCAACGACGUCCCAAGUGAGAAGAUCCUAUAGAUGAGGUACAGCAUUCCAGCAGCUCUAAUUCAAGAUGGGGAAUCUAACCACAGCUACGGCAGCUUCUACUAGACGCGCUUUCAGCCUCAGAGAAACCACCCGCAGUUGUUCCGCCUAGCGCGCAAAUCCCCUAAAAAAACCAAAACCCAGAAAUGUAGAGAAAUUUUAGUUUUUCGAACCGAGCCUAGCUCCUUUUAAUCGGCAAAAGGUCCCGGCCAAUCGUUCGCGCGCCAGAUUGGUCUGGAAUGGCCCUCGAUUGGGAUCUAUGUAGAGUGAAUCCCAAUCCUUGGGCCCUAGACAUCGGAGAACUCACCAAGCGAUGAGACCCCUCGGCCGCCAGGUGAGCUCUCCCGAAGGCUUGGUUCCGAAUAAGAAAAUUUCCAGCGCCUUAAAAACCCACUACUUGCUCAGCUAUCGAAAUGUCAUGAUUGCAAUACUAACAACUCCUUCUCUUUUUUGUUGUAUAGAUUUUUAAUUAGUGAAACAUGCAUGCAAACUGUGUAAAAAAGGUCCUGUUAAAUUUGUUUUUUUUUUGUUUAAAAUGUACAUACCCUAUCGGAAAGAGCCGCGCAAAAAGAAGAAAACGCUAUUUUUGAUGCCUGCGUGAUUUGUUUUUGUUAUCCAGGAAAUUAAAUAUACUAGCGAGGAAUGUUGCCCAAUUUUUGCUAUUAGCUCUCUAAAAGUGUAAUUUUUUUUGCGAGUAUUGUUCUGUUUCAAUGUUUUAAAACAAGCGAAAAACUGAACCAAAAAAAAGCAAUAAAAAAUUGUGAUAAAAAGCGAUACUGAAUUGAAA